GUAACGUAGAUUAGUUAGGAAUUUAAAGGCUGGGGCUGUGUGCUUAAUAAAUAAACAUACAGUAACUUAGAAACAGAUAAAUAUAGCUCAUUUUAUUAUGGUCGCAGGGAGACUGUUAGCAACUGAAUGCUAAUAACAUUUGCUAGCUAGCACGCUAACUAGUUAGCUUGCUAGCAGUGACACCUCCAGUGUAUAAGUGGUGAGGCCAGCUAGCUCUUAAUUUUAGACUUAGUUUGUUGGUAAAAUGGUAGUUUAUGUUAUUAGAGUGAGCUGUAUUUGCAGUUUGUAAGCACUAGGUUGGCUAAACUGAACGUGAACGGGCUUUGGCUGACUUCUGGCCAAGCUAACGAAGUAUCAAGGAUGCGGUCCAGGACCUGACAGUGGUGUGCGUGUUCUUCAGCCGAGAGGAGAGGUGUUGCUCCCCUGUUUACAUCAGUCAUGCUCUUAUUACCGUUCUUCUGACAAACCCAGCGCUGUGAAUCUGAAUCACAGCCUCUCUCAGCCAACAUGGAGCUGGUUGUGGCCAAAAUUCUCUGCCUGUUAGCGGUGUUUGCCCUCAUGCUGGGGGGCAUUCUCAUCCCUGUGCGGGUGAUGCAGUCAGACUUUGACAAAGCUGCAAGAUACAGAAGGGCAGUAGCGUUCAGUAAUUCUUUUGGAGGUGGAGUUUUCCUAGCCACCUGUUUUAAUGCACUUCUACCAGCUGUUAGAGACAAGGUGGGUGAAGUCCUAAAAAUGCUACAGGCUACAACAGACUACCCACUGGCAGAGACCAUGAUGAUGUUGGGCUUUUUCCUCACCGUGUUUGUGGAGCAGGCUGUGCUCACCUUUAGAAAAGAGAGGCCUUCCUUUAUUGAUCUAGAGACCUUUAAUGCAGGAGGCUCGGAAGCUGGCAGUGACUCUGAAUACGACACGCCAUUCAUCGCACCCCCGCGGAGUUCAGCGGCCCAUCAGAACCACCACUCUCAUCACCAUGGACACUUUAACCCCGCAGAAUUAACACGAGCAGGACCGCUCCGGCUAGCUAGCCUAGUCCUGGCCCUCUCUGCCCACUCAGUCUUUGAGGGUCUUGCACUAGGGCUUCAGGAAGAUGGGGCUAAGUUGGGCAGUCUCUUCAUCGGAGUGGCGAUUCAUGAGACCUUGGCAGCUGUGGCUUUAGGAGUCAGUACGGCUAAAGCAGGUCUGAUGCUGCGGGAUGCCAGUAAGCUUGCGGUAACUGUCAGCCUAAUGAUCCCUCUCGGCAUUGGCCUUGGAAUGGGUAUUGAGACUGCCCAGAACCUGGCAGGUAGUAUUGUUUCCGUGGUGCUCCAAGGCCUGGCAGCAGGUACCUUCCUCUUCAUUACUUUCUUCGAAAUUCUCUCACGGGAGCUGGAGGAUAAGCAUGAUAGGCUACUGAAGGUGUUGUUUCUUGUCCUGGGAUAUGGCGUGCUAGCAGGUCUUGUAUUUAUCAAAUGGUGAUGGACAAUUCAGAAGAAGCAAAGGAAGCUUCUCUCUUUUAUGUGCCAGUUGAUAAACCUGCUCACCAGCAUAACCAAAGGACAAAAGGUUUAUCUUUUUCAGUGACUGCUCCAGUGGUUACACACUGCUUUUGGCUUUCUUUUUAAAGUUUUUUUUUACAGUCCUGCACUGGAUAUACAAGAACUGUAUUAUUUUAGAUGAAGAGAAAUCAGUCGCACAAUGUGUCUGUGUGUGUGUUUUUUUUUUUUUUUUUUUUGUAUUUGUGUUCUUGUCCUAAUAAUGGUCCCAGUCCUUUCAAGUUUGGCUUACGGCAGUCUCUUGGUAUUCUGUAUGUUUUAAACCAUUCCUCAACAAAUCCUGUGCUUUAUUUCCAAGCUGAAAUCGUCAUUGACCAUGGCCUGAGGAUUGAGAGUUUGAAUCACAGGUCAUGCUGCUUUGUCAUUAGCAGCCAAAACUCGAGAGAACACAGUUGGCCAUGCUCUCUCUGGAUGGGUAGAUAGCGCUCUCCCUCCUCAUCACCAAAUAUUAGAGUAUAAAGUAAUGAUGCCAAUUGUUUUUCAUCCAGGGAUCUUAUAUUGAAGGCAAAUUAUUUAUUAAUGUGAACAUUAGUAGAAUGGGAUACUACUGCAAGUUAGAACUUAGAUUAUUUGUUUGUUACUGAAUCAUGUGAUGUUGCGGAAGUUAUGUGAUUAAUAACUAAGAAAUUGUCCAAGUUUUCACUGUUGAUUUAAAACCCCUAAAUGUUUACAUAAGUUGGAUAUAUAUCUAAUGUAACACUGCAUGUUAAAUAGACUACUGUUUAGAGUGACCUCCAUAAUGUUUGGGACAAAUGCAUUUACAAUAUGUCCAAAUGUUUGUGGACACUUAUUCUAAUGAAUGCAUUCAGCUACGUUAAGUUAAGUUAGUUUAAAUUUCUUAUUGCUUAUACAGCUGAGCAAAUGCACAUAUUAUGCUGGUGUAGUCCCUGUAGUUAAGUACUGCCAAUGGCAUAGGACUCUCACAGCACUUUUUCACCAAAAGAACUCUGGUUCUUGAACCAGUUCUGUUUAGGCUUAUAAGAAACCUGGUGCUUUUUAGCAAACCUGCCCACGUUUAAACCAGUUUUAGUGGAACCGUCAAAACAUCACAUCAUACGUCAUCAACAGAAGGUGAUGCACAGCGGUGGUUACCGCGGAAGUACCUAGUAUUCUUCCGUUUCCUUUGUGAACAAACGUUUCUGGUUCUAGAACCCACUUUUGUUGGUGGAGAAUUAAGUUUGUGAACCAGAGUGGUGCCGGUUCUACGUCGGUUAGGAUCAGAUGAACACAAACCAUUAUCACUACAGCUAAUGGGCACUGUGGACCACCAUUCAUUCAUAUGUGGUUUAAAUGAACGUUGAGAUUUUGUUCGAAACAUUGUUUCAGGUUUGAAGUUAUUCAGGUGUGUUCAGGUGUGUACAGAGCUCUUGUACAACAAAACAGAUUAGGGAAAUGCUUCAUGCGGAGAUUGCAUCUCCAAUUAAACACACAUGAGAAAUCACAGAUGUAUAAAAAAACAAAAAUGUAUGUCCCAGUUUAUUUAUUAAUCUUUGAGGAAGUUAGACAGCCUGGGCGGGACAGAGGCAAGUAAACAGAGAACAAUUUUUGUCUCAAACAUUACCAAGGGCACAGUAUGUUGAAAUCAUGGAGAUAUGCACAACUGUACAUAUACAAGUGGUUUUUCAGAUAACAAUGUACUGUAAUGAUAUUCUACUGAAAUGUUCAGAAACCUGCAAAAUGUGCAGAAGUUUGAGCAGCAGUGUAAAAUAUAUUCUUUUAACUAUAAUUUAAAAGAAAUAUAAUCAAGUUCUUGGAUGAAGAUCAGACCUAUUUGUUUUACCUGAGGGAACUAAAAUAACACUAUUUUACACUUACACUCCUGAACUGAGAUAAAAGAAACAAGUUAGCAGUGGAGAACUCUACACUUUCCGUUGAUGCAGUAAUAGUUCAGUGGCAAUUUUAGGGCUUAUGUUUUGCUGUUGAGAGAUUGAUUAGGUAAAAACAUACCCCAUCCUAAUAUACAGUAGUUUGUGGUUCUGUGAUUUUGUACAUUUGCACUCUUUUUCUGUUUUGUUCAUGUCAGGUGUGUGGACAUUUUAAUUUUACAGAUCUAGUGCAUUUCAUUGCCAACAUCCUCAGUAAUUCAGCUCUGAUUCAAGGUUAUUCUGGCUUAUAGACUGAAAUAACAAUGAAGACUUUAUAUACAGUGCACAUUACUGUGCAGUGAAUUCCUGUCCAUUCUGUUUAUUUUGACCCUGUUUACACCUGCUCACUUAAACAAGUUUUGAGUAUCCGGAUUAUUAUGAUAAGGUAAAGACACCCACAACAUAAUUUGCAUAUUCUGUCCCACACAGUGAUCAGAUUUUAGUCUAAUCAGACUAAUCAGAUAUUCAUUAGCUAACAAGUGUAAGAGCAUGUGGCUAAAUCUUGUGACAAGGUGUAAACUCUUAAGAUAUUUUGUUUUUUCAAAUCAUGCUUUUUCCCCAGGUAAUUUUUGCAGCCAACCUUUCUGCCUUUAUAUAUGUAGCAACAAAAUAUGUCAAGCCAACCAAAGUCCCAUAUGUGCUUGACUGAUUACCUUUGCUAAAGCACAGGGCUUAGUACUACUGGUCUACUUACUAAAUGAAUGUAUGUAAAUGUGAUUGCUGUAAAUUACACUGGGUUGGUGUGUAUUGUAAGUGAUAGUUAACAGUGUGAGCUGAUCUUUUUAAUAUACUUCCUAUUCUUCUUUUGUUCAAAAAUUGAACUAAAUUUAUUUCCAGGUUUUAAAAAAGUUACUUUGUUUUUUUUUUUGUGAUUUUUAUGUAAUGGUAUGAACAUGGAUUUAAUUCCUUUGGUGUUGGAGUUUUCCCCUGGAUUUCUUAUGUAAACUAAUGGUGAUCUGUAGUGUUUUACAACAACAUUAAAUCAACCCUUAAGUUAUCUUGAAAUCAAAUAAACAUUUUUUUUAUGUUUAA